CUGCCCAGGCGGAGCGGCGGGGCGGCAGGAGGAGCGUGUGAGCGGGAGGCGUCCCUUUAAGAGCGGCCGGCGGGGCCGAGCCUCCGCCUCCGUCCUCCGCGCGCCUCGGUCACCUGGGGCUGUCGCGGCCGGAUCGCGGGGGCAUCGGACGAGGUGCAGGGGGCUCGGACCCGGGGGUCGGGCGGUGUCGGAGCGCGGCCGUCCCGCCGUCGCUGGGGACCAUGCGGGAGCGCCUCUGGGCCCCGCGGUGGCUGCUGCUGGCGCUGCUGCUGCCGCCGGCGCUGUGCGGCGGUCCCCCGGAGCCCGUACCGGAGCCGGAGCGCGGCCCGCUGCAGCCCUACGACCUGCUCUACGCCAGCGGCGUGGCCGCCUACUACAGCGGGGACUACGAGCGCGCGGUGCGCGACCUGGAAGCGGCGCUACCGCUCGCGCCCCCAGGCGCGGGCCACGGAGCCGAGCUGCCAUUCUUCCGCGCGCUGCUGGAGCGGGCGCGCUGCUCCCGCAGCUGCCAGAGCCAGCGCCUGGGCGGCCCCGCGUCCCGGCACCGCGUCAGCGAGGAUGUGCGCAGCGACUUCCAGCGCAGAGUGCCCUACAACUACCUGCAGCGGGCCUACGUCAAGCUUGACCAGCUGGAAAAGGCCAUGGAAGCCGCCCACACGUUCUUCAUGGCCAACCCUGAGCACAUGGAAAUGCAGCAGAACAUUGAGGACUACAAAAUGACAGCAGGGGCGGAAGCACUCCAGCUGGUAGAUCGAGAAGCCAAGCCACACCUGGAAAGCUACAGCGCAGGAGUUAAACAUUAUGAGGCCGAUAACUUUGAAGCAGCAAUCAAGUACUUUGAACAAGCUUUAAGGGAAUAUUUCAAUGAAGAUAUGGAAUGCCGAAGUCUGUGUGAGGGGCCUCAAAGAUUUGAAGAGUAUGAAUACUUGGGGUAUAAAGGCGGUCUCUACGAAGCAAUUGCAGAUCACUACAUGCAGGUGCUGGUCUGUCAGCAUGAAUGUGUGAGGGAACUUGCCACUCGCCCAGGCCGCCUCUCACCAAUUGAGAACUUUCUUCCUUUGCAUUACGACUACCUGCAGUUUGCCUACUACAGAGUUGGUGAAUAUAUGAAAGCCUUGGAGUGUGCCAAGGCCUACCUGCUAUUCCAUCCGGAUGAUGAGGAUGUCCUGGACAACGUGGACUACUACGAGAGCCUGCUGGAUGAGAGCAUUGAUACAGCAUCCAUUGAGGCCCGUGAGGAUUUGAUAGUGUUUUUGAAACGUCAUAAACUUGAAUCUGAACUGAUAAAGUCAGCUGCAGAGGGUCUGGGAUUUUUAUAUUCUGAACCGAAUUACUGGAUCAGAUACGGAGGACGGCAGGAUGAGAACCGGGUCCCUUCAGGAGUGAACAUGGAGGGGGCAGAAGUUCAUGGAUUGUCUAAAAAACCACCACCCAAGAUAGGUCGAGACCUAAGAGAGGGUGGCCCUCUGCUCUAUGAUAACAUCACCUUUGUAUACAACUCAGAGCAGCUGAACGGGACUCAGCGGGUUCUCCUAGACAAUGUCUUGUCGGAAGAGCAGUGCCGGGAACUUCACAGCGUGGCCAGCGGAAUCAUGCUGGUUGGUGAUGGAUACCGAGGAAAAACUUCACCCCAUACGCCCAAUGAAAAAUUUGAAGGAGCAACUGUCUUGAAAGCACUCAAGUUUGGUUAUGAAGGCCGAGUGCCACUGAAGAGUGCACGUCUGUUUUAUGACAUCAGUGAGAAGGCUCGAAAGAUUGUAGAAUCCUAUUUCAUGCUGAACUCAACCCUGUAUUUUUCCUAUACACAUAUGGUCUGCAGAACAGCCCUGUCUGGUCAACAAGAUAGAAGAAAUGACCUCAGCCAUCCCAUUCAUGCUGACAACUGCCUGUUGGAUCCAGAAGCUAAUGAAUGCUGGAAGGAGCCGCCUGCCUACACCUUCAGGGACUACAGUGCUCUCCUAUACAUGAAUGAUGACUUUGAAGGAGGAGAAUUCAUUUUCACUGAAAUGGAUGCUAAAACUGUGACUGCCUCUAUAAAACCAAAGUGCGGGCGAAUGGUCAGCUUCUCAUCUGGAGGUGAGAACCCACAUGGAGUGAAGGCCGUCACCAAAGGACAGCGCUGUGCUGUGGCACUGUGGUUCACCCUAGAUCCUCUUUACAGAGAAUUGGAGCGGAUAAAGGCUGAUGAAGUGAUUGCAAUCUUGGAUCAAGAACAGCAUGGGAUGCAUGACCUGCCCAUUAACCCCAAAGACGAACUAUAGAAAUGAGAAAGAGUGUUCUAUUGAAUAUUUAUUUAAAUUGUUAAUCUUAUAAGAACCUUUUUAUUUUUGUACAGAGUCAUGUUAUAAAUUAAGAGGCUAAUAUGAGUCUCUAGAUUUCCCUUCUGUUCCUAAAGAUGCUUGCUUUGCCUCACUCCUGUCUCUCCUGGCUUUCUUCAGCUCACCUUUCAGAGCCCGGUCAUAUCCCCCAACACAUCGCUCGUAAAGUCACAACAAAUGUACUCCACACACCAUACAUAUAAACAAAUAUACUGCAUACAUAUAAGCACAAAUAUACUACAGAAACACACAAACUCAUGCUACAUAUACCACAUGAUCUCCUAAACAUGCCACAUGCACAUAAACACAAACACAUCACACACAUACAUGCACACACUACACACAAGUGAUUUGCUGCACAUUCAGAAGCUCAAAUGAAUAAGCUGGUUCUUGGCAACCCCACAGCUCAAGCGUACCCUGGGUUGAAAGUUAGACCCGUGCCACUUGGUCUCCGGCCUCUGUGGCCUGUUGCCUUUACUCUGUGUCCUGUCAUGGUGUUGAUGGUUGUGAGCUCAGACUCUCCACAGCAAGCAUGCCUUGGGACCGAGGACCCCCUGGCAGGGUCUGCAGAGCCCCAAGAAUUACAGGCAGAAGGGACUUUCAUGUUCCAUGAUGCCACCUCUGGGAUGAGGACUGUCUGAGAGAAGGAACACAGCCUUGCCAAGUCCUACAGUGGAGCUCUGGGACUGGUAUUUUCACCAGAGAAUAAACAACUUUACACUGGAAACUUUGACUCCCUUCCAUAAUGCUCUGUAAUGACCUGCCUCCGAGUUGUCUUUAUGUGGCAGUUGCAGUGGAAGAGCAUCUUUAUAAUACCCCUGCCUCAACCAUCAUUAUCAGGCUGCUGGAGAGGGGCAGCCACUGGUGAGAAGAGAUGUGUCAUACAUAAGGAAGUGCUUCUCUGACAGGUUCCAGUCUUUGCCCACCUCUGUUUGGGCAGUGCUGCUAUCCAGCUCACAGAUGCAUGCUUGUGUCUGAGUUGUUUAAUAAAGGGAGCCUUAUUUGA